AUGUCUGAUCCCAAGAUUCAGGACCUCUUGAACAAGCCUCGCAGUGAGUUGACUGAAUACGAGGUUGGGCUUGUAGAAGAAUACGAGUUUACUACCGGACCUCUGUCUCUCCUUCAGACUGCCACUCGAACCCACACACAAGUAUUGAUAUCAUGCCGCAAUAACCGCAAGAUUCUCGCUCGAGUAAAAGCGUUCGAUCGUCACUGCAAUAUGGUUCUGGAAAACGUCAAAGAGAUGUGGACGGAGAAGCCUAAAGGUGGCAAAGGCCGUGGGGUCAACAAGGAUCGCUUUAUUAGCAAAAUGUUCUUACGUGGUGAUUCAGUAAUCCUGGUCUUGCUUAGCUGA